AUGCAAGCGUGUCAGAGAAGGCCGGGUCGCGUGGUCUGGAUCCAGAUGCUCAAAGCGGUGAAGCUCAACUACGACAUGGCCAACCUCCAGGAGCUCAUGCUGCUUUGUGUGCCCCUAGCGUGCUCCGUUGAGGUGGUGGCAGGCUUCCUGGCGCCACUCUAUCUGUAUCAGGGGCUCCGAUCGGGCACGCUCAUGUCGCAAGACCUGCUCGUUCCUGGAUGCUACGCGAGCCAUACAAGACUACCCUUCCGCCUCGCGGUUGCCGCUGACCAGCACGCAGAGUUCCAGAAAAGCAUGGAAUUACCUGAAGCUGCGCGAGAGCUGGGUAAGACUUGGCUGAUACAUUUCGAGGACCCCGGCAAGGCUCCACAUCCGGUCAUUUUCACAGCCGUCGAGCAGCCAAGGCUGCCCAGAGCGCAAGCGAGCCGAGGCAUGGCCUCGGGUAAACCUGCCAAACCUGCCAGAGGCACCGCGGUACUGUUUGCGGGCGACUGGCGCUUCGAUGAGGGAGUUGUGGCCAGUAUACAGAGGCAUUUAGUGAGGCCGUUGAAGGCUAAGGUCUUUGCAGUGGUCAGCCGUCGGGGACAGCGACAUGGCUGGGUGGAGCGUCGCUCCAUGAAGAAGCUGCUGCCGUCUCUAGCAGCCUUUGCAUGGGAAAUAGACGACUCUGCAGAAGACCUCCGUGGCAAGAUCCGUCCAAGGGCCCUGGAGCGUUAUCAGCGAAUGGGCGGACGGGCUUUGGCGCCCCUCGCCCAACACAGCAAAGGAGGGUCUCUGCACAGCCUCGUGAAGCUACAAAAGGUGUUGGACUUGACAGAAGCGCAUGAGAUGCGGCGAGGGUAUCCGUUCAGAUGGCUGCUUUACAGUCGCCUGGAUCUUGCAUGGAUUUCAAAUCACCCCCCGCUGCACCUUCUGGAUGAGAAGAGCAUCUGGACCGUUCCGCUUGGAGGGACGCUGCAGGAACAAACGCUUGACAAGGACCAGCCAAAGGCCUUUGCCGCAAACGACUGGCAUGCAGUGGUGCCACGCCCACUAGCCUUUGCCUACUUCAGACGCUGGUCGCUGGUGGCUUCUGGUCAUGCGCCAUGGCUACCGUACAUGGAGCCAGAGGAGCUGCUGAUCGCCACAUGCGAGGUCCUGAGUGGUCUUGGGCAAGCAAAAAGAAGCUUUGAGAACACCUUGGGCUAG